ACUUUAGUCUCCCUGAGGAGCUCUGUGGUUUUAGAAGUUUGAACAUUUGGUUGUUCUGAGGUUCGGAAACAGUCUUUGGAUUUGAGGCUCAGCUCGUUCUUCUUGGUUUGGGAUGGACAGAACCGGGCUCAGGUCCACGGUGGUUCUUCAGUUCGUGCUGCAAGUUUUCAUCCAGCAUGAAGUCAUAGUAAGUGGAAGCUUAAUGGAUGGAGCCCAGGAGGGUCCAGGUUUCCCAGAGCUCAGUGACGUCUGCACACAAGGCAGCUGCUACCCAGCAACAGGGGAUCUUCUAAUUGGUCGAGCCCACCAGCUGUCUUCCUCUUCAACCUGUGGACUGACCCACCCGGAACCAUUCUGCAUCGUCAGCCACCUGCAGGAGGAGAAGAAAUGUUUUAUGUGUGACUCAGUGGCCCCCUAUGAUGAGGUGACCAAUCAGACGAGCAGUCACCGCAUUGAGAAUGUGGUCACCACCUUUGGACCAAACCGUCUAAAGACCUGGUGGCAGUCAGAAAAUGGUGUGGAGAAUGUUACAAUUCAGCUCAACCUGGAGGCAGAGUUUCACUUCACUCAUCUCAUCAUGACCUUCAAGACAUUUCGCCCUGCUGCCAUGAUGAUCGAACGGUCAGCCAAUUUUGGGAAAACGUGGCAGGUCUACCGUUAUUUUGCCUAUGACUGUGAGGCCUCGUUCCCGUUCAUUUCCCGAGGUUCCAUGCAGAAGGUGGAUGACAUCAUCUGUGAUUCACGCUAUUCUGAUAUUGAGCCAUCCACAGAGGGAGAGGUGAUUUUUAGAGUUUUGGAUCCAGCAUUUCAGAUCGAUGACCCCUACAGCUCCAAAAUUCAAAACAUGCUGAAAAUCACCAACCUGAGGGUUCAGUUCACCAAACUUCAUACGCUGGGUGACAAUCUGCUUGACUCGCGCAUGGAGAUCAAAGAGAAGUAUUACUAUGCAGUCUACGACAUGGUGGUGCGAGGAAACUGCUUCUGCUAUGGACACGCCUCAGAGUGUGCCCCCGUAGAGACUGCAGGGCAGACUCUGGACAACAUGGUUCAUGGUCAUUGCUUGUGUAAGCACAAAACAAAAGGUUUGAACUGUGAACAGUGUGAUGACUUUUACCACGACCUGCCGUGGAGACCAGCCGAGGGUCGCAGCACCAACGCCUGCAGAAAGUGCAACUGUAACCAGCACUCGGAGUCGUGUCACUUUGAUGCAGCCGUGUUUGUAGCUUCUGGAAAUGUCAGCGGUGGCGUCUGUGAUGAGUGUCAGCAUCACACAACAGGCAACCAGUGUGAGAAAUGCAAACCUUUUUACUUCAUGAAUCCAGAGAAGGACAUCAGAGACCCACACAUCUGCCAGCCCUGUAACUGUGACCCUCUGGGUUCGUUGAAUGGCGGCAUGUGUGACGGGAUGACAGAUGUGCACGCUGGUCUGGUUGCUGGUCAGUGCCGCUGUAAAGCCAAUGUGGAAGGGGAGCGUUGUGAACGCUGCAGGCAGGCGCACUACGGGCUGAGUGACACACCAGAUGGCUGCAGAGAAUGCACCUGCACCCUCUUGGCCCUUUCUGAGCCUGCGUACCGUUCACGCAGGCUUGCCGUCGAUGAUGCGGGCAGGAGGCGGCGCUGGUCCGGGGGUGUAGAGGUCCGAGGUGUGAUACGGCUUGACUUUGGACACGUGGAACACGGGGUGGAUCCACAGUUGGCGGGUUUGGCGCGGAUGGCGUCUGGGCCACUGCUGGCCCUCUCGCUCCAUCACGGGGUGAGGGUGAUCCCUGACCCGGCUGUGUCUGUGAAGGAUGUCCUCCUGGCUGUGAGCGAGCAGGUCGGACAUGAGAACUUAAUGUUUGCAUCCAGGAUGAACAGAGCCGUGGUGGUUUUUCUGUUGGAGGAGCAUUUCUCUGCUCAGCUUGUUGACAGUGGGGUUUAUCUGGAUGAUUCUUACCUGCAUGCUUCUCCUCUCUUCGCUCCAUCCACUAAAAUCAUUAUUUCCAGGGUUCCACUAUUUGUUUCAAACGAGGCUCUCAGUCGGGAGCUGCAGAGGUUCGGUAAGUUUACCAGCGGUUUUAAGAUGAUCGGACUGGGCUGUAAGCGCGAGAAACUUCACCAUGUUCAGUCCUUCCGUCGUCAGGUGUUCAUGUUCCUGAACUGUCUGACCCAGACUCUGGACAUGUCCUUCAGAGUCAAACAUGAGGACUUAUGCCAUGAGGUUUAUGCCAGUUCAGGAAGCAAGAAGUGUUUUGAAUCUAGGGUCAAGGUAGCCAUGGCAACACUGGAGAAGGACAUUAUGAACAUUCAGGCCAACCUACAUGUAGCUGGGGCUCCCGACCAGCACAGCCUGCUGCAGGGGAAGAGGGCGGAGCUGGGGGCCCUGUUACAUGAGAGGGUGAAAGGGAUGAUGGUGAGGGCUCGCUUUGCGAACAUCAGGGACAUGGAUGCACCCAGUUCCUUCUUCUUCAAUCUGGAGACGAAGACCUCUCAUCAGAAGGUGAUGAUCUGUCUUUGCCUUCCUGACAGACGGGUGACGAGUGAUUCGGCAGAGAUGCGGAGACAUGCUAGGGACUUCUGCUCAGCUCUCUACGGUGCUGUAGACUGUGAUGGGGCCUGUGCAGCUGACCUUCUGAGAGAUCUCCCCCAGCUGGUGGCCUCGGAAGCCAGGCUGUCUGGCCUGUUUUGCCAGGUUUUCAACUAUCCUCUCCUGGUGCUCUCUGCUUAUACAGAUGACAUCAUGGUUUUUGUCACAAAUCAGUCAGAUGUUGAUGGGUUAUUAGAUACUUUACAGCUCUAUGAGACGGGAACCUCUGCAAGAGUGAACUGGGAGAAGAGUGAGGCUGUCCUGAUGGGGAGGUGGCAGGAAGGGGCUGCUUCCUGUCUGCCACAUGGCCAUCACUGGAUCAGAGCUCCUGUGUUGUACAUGCUGCUUCAUGAAGGAGGACAGGGGCUGGUGGACAUUGCUGCUCGGGUGUCGACCUUCAGGUUGCAGGCUGCUCAGAGACUGUUGUAUACCUUGGGAUUGAGCUGGCAGGAUACAGCACGUGUCCUGCUGAGGAGGGAGGCUGAUCUUGGAGAGUGUGAUGUGGACAGUCAGCGACAGAUCCUAGAUGGUCUUCCAGAGCUGGAGGAGUCUGAAGCAGCCGCCCUGGAUUUGCCUAUUACUUUAGAGGAGAUGACCAUCGCCGUGCAGCAGCUUAGCGCUGGCAUUGCAGCUGGGCCAGCUUCCCGGCAGCUGCUCCAGAGCAGUUUUGGCCCUCUUGCCAACGAAAGGGGACUUAACAGAUUUAAAGAACUGGAGGAAGAUCUGGACACUUUAGGACAAAAGCUGUCUUUGUAUGAACGGAUCUCAUCUGUACGGGUGAACCGGGACAAGUGCGAGGGCUUCUUCCUCGGUUGGUGGGACCAUCAGCCUUCGGAUUCUGUGGUGGUGAAUAUACAAAGGAAGCUGGUGGAUUUAUUCUGGGGUGGGUUUCACUUGCCGGUGGACGAAGGUGGGCAGGCACUGAUAGACAUUCUCAGUCGAGUGGUGGCCCUCCGUUUACAGACUGUGCAGAGGCUGCUCUAUGGCCCACAGCAGUUCUGGACAGAGAUUCGCAGAGUUGGAGGACUUGGUUAUUACAGACAUUUGUUUCUGAUGGACGUGACUGGUGUGGAGCUCCUGGAGAAAGAGGUGGCAGCUCUGGAGGACAGAGUGGUCAGAGGAACAGGGGGCAGCAGUGCUUGGACACAUAGGAAGAGGGUGCUGAGGCAGUUUAUGAAUGAAAGGACAAAGAGGGCGUUGGUGAGGACCAGGGUGACGAACAUCACAAACAUUAAUUUAGAGAAAGGAACUCAGACAAACACUGACCUUAUGCACCUGAGACUUGCCAACGGGGAGGUCACAGCCGACCCUUCGCUCCUGAGACAGGAGACCAUUAACUUCUACACUGAACUGUUUGGGGCCAGAGAUUGUGAUGAAGAUCUGGACACUUUAGGACAAAAGCUGUCUUUGUAUGAACGGGCCUCAUCUGUACGGGUGAACCGGGACAAGUGCGAGGGCUUCCUCCUCAGUCGGUGGGACCAUCAGAUUGUUUCAUGUUUUUGUGUGCAGCAUGAGCAUUGGGGACUCAGUAAUGACAUGGAUGGCUGUAGACCAUGUGACUGCGAUGCAGGAGGAGCCAUCAACAACCAAUGUAAUCAGCUGACUGGUCAGUGUGUCUGUAGAGAUCAUAUGUUUGGCCGUCGCUGUGAUCAGGUCGAGUCCGGGUUUUACUUCAUCGCUCUGGACCACUAUACCUACGAAGCAGAGGAAGCCAAAUUUGGACCUGGAGUGACGGUGGUACCAAGGCCUUGUCCCAAGGACCGCAGUCCCACCUGGACGGGGGUUGGGCUAGUCAAUGUCCCAGAAGGUGCAUUCCUGGAGUUCUCUGUUCACAACAUCCCCCAUUCCAUGGAGUAUGAUGUUCUUAUUCGCUAUGAGCCUCAGCUGCCUGACCAGUGGGAGGAGGUUCUGAUGACAGUGAUCAGACCUGGACCAAUUACAGCAGAUAGCCGUUGUGUGAACACAGUCCCUGAUGAUGACAAUCAAAUGAUGCCACUACACCCAGGAUUACGUUAUGUGGUUGUUCCACGGCCUGUGUGCCUAGAAUCUGGGCUGAACUACACCAUUCGCCUCAGUCUGCCGCUGUACUCGGCGCUAAGUGAUGUCCAGUCUCCGCACAUGCUCAUUGACUCGAUCGUGCUGAUGCCUCACUCUAACAAUCUGGAGAUCUUUGCUGGAUCAGACGGUGGAGGCUCCAGCAGAAAUGGUGCCUGGGAAACUUUCCAGCGUUAUCGGUGCUUGGAAAACAGCCAGAGUGUCAUCAAGAUGCCGAUGACUGACAUCUGUCAAAACUUCAUUUUCAGUAUCUCUGCCUUGCUGCAUCAAGGAGCCAAAGAAUGCCAGUGUGACCCCCAGGGCUCUCUCAGCACAGUGUGCCACCCCAGUGGUGGGCAGUGCCAAUGUCGCGUCAAUGUUGUUAGCAGGAACUGUGACAGAUGUGCUCCAGCCACAUUCCAGUUUGGACCCAACGGUUGCAGAGCAUGCGAAUGUGAUCCUCUGGGUUCUGAGAGUCCAUUCUGUGAUCAGCUGACCGGCCAGUGUGUGUGUGUGUCGGGAGCAUAUGGGCGUCAGUGUGAGCGCUGCCUGCUGGGUUACUGGGGUUUCCCAACUUGUCGACUUUGCUCCUGUAACGGACACGCUGUGGACUGUGACGCCGUGGAUGGCCGCUGCCUGAACUGCUCAGAUUACAGCACAGGACUCAGCUGUGAGAGCCACAUUCCAGUUGGACCCAACGGUUGCAGAGCAUGCGAAUGUGAUCCUCUGGGUUCUGAGAGUCCAUUCUGUGAUCAGCUGACCGGCCAGUGUGUGUGUGUGUCGGGAGCAUAUGGGCGUCAGUGUGAGCGCUGCCUGCUGGGUUACUGGGGUUUCCCAACUUGUCGACUUUGCUCCUGUAACGGACACGCUGUGGACUGUGACGCCGUGGAUGGCCGCUGCCUGAACUGCUCAGAUUACAGCACAGGACUCAGCUGUGAGAGGUGCCUGGAUGGUUACUAUGGAGAUCCAGUGUUGGGGUCAGGUGACCACUGCCGUCCAUGUAUGUGUCCUGAAGGCCCCACCAGCCUGCGCCAGUUUGCUGCAAGUUGUUAUCAUGAUGAUGAAUCCCAGAGUAUCAUUUGUGCCUGCAGCCCAGGAUACAGAGGUGCUCACUGUGAUGAGUGUUCCUCCGGUUACUAUGGAAACCCAGGUGAGAUUGGGGGGCUGUGUCAGCCAUGCCAGUGUAACAACAAUAUCGACAAGAUGGAUCCAGCUUCCUGUGACCCCAAAACUGGCGAAUGUUUACGCUGUCUCUACCACAGCGAAGGCACUGCCUGCCAACACUGCAAGUUGGGUUACUAUGGCAAUGCCCUGUUGCAGGACUGCAGGAAAUGCGUGUGUAACCAGCUAGGUACCGUGGCAACCAACUGUUCAUUACCAGGUGACUGUCACUGUGACCAGAGCAGUGGUCAAUGUCACUGCCUGCUGAAUGUGAUCGGUCAGCACUGUGACCACUGUGCACCCGAAAUGUGGAAUAUGACAAGUGGCAAAGGCUGCCAAGCCUGCAACUGUGACCCCAAGCACUCCUACGGGACAUCCUGCAACCAGAUCAGUGGUCAGUGCUCAUGUCAGCCAGGAUUUGGAGGCCGAACCUGCAAUGAAUGCAAAGAGCUAUUUUGGGGAGAACCAGAGGUCAAAUGUCAUGCCUUACCAGAAAAGCGUUCUAGUUGUGACAACAGGUUGCAGACCACAGGUGCAGGUAUGGAAGCAGGUGAGGCUGCUGACAGCCCCAGUGGAGGUACACUGGAAUUACUGGUAGCCAUGUCCAACAUAGCCGUGCAAGCUGCUGACUAUGAUAGCGUACCACCAGCUGGAGCGGGUGCCUGGAUGGUUACUAUGGAGAUCCAGUGUUGGGGUCAGGUGACCACUGCCGUCCAUGUAUGUGUCCUGAAGGCCCCACCAGCCUGCGCCAGUUUGCUGCAAGUUGUUAUCAUGAUGAUGAAUCCCAGAGUAUCUUGUGCCUGCAGCCCAGGAUACAGAGUCUGCCUGCUUGUGGGACUGAUGCUUUGUUGUUUUGUGUCUUUAAAUGCACAUCUCUCUCACCUGACCUCUCCAGGUGCUCACUGUGAUGAGUGUUCCUCCGGUUACUAUGGAAACCCAGGUGAGAUUGGGGGGCUGUGUCAGCCAUGCCAGUGUAACAACAAUAUCGACAAGAUGGAUCCAGCUUCCUGUGACCCCAAAACUGGCGAAUGUUUACGCUGUCUCUACCACAGCGAAGGCACUGCCUGCCAACACUGCAAGUUGGGUUACUAUGGCAAUGCCCUGUUGCAGGACUGCAGGAAAUGCGUGUGUAACCAGCUAGGUACCGUGGCAACCAACUGUUCAUUACCAGGUGACUGUCACUGUGACCAGAGCAGUGGUCAAUGUCACUGCCUGCUGAAUGUGAUCGGUCAGCACUGUGACCACUGUGCACCCGAAAUGUGGAAUAUGACAAGUGGCAAAGGCUGCCAAGCCUGCAACUGUGACCCCAAGCACUCCUACGGGACAUCCUGCAACCAGAUCAGUGGUCAGUGCUCAUGUCAGCCAGGAUUUGGAGGCCGAACCUGCAAUGAAUGCAAAGAGCUAUUUUGGGGAGAACCAGAGGUCAAAUGUCAUGCGUGCAACUGUGACCCUCGUGGGAUUGCUGAGCAGCAGUGCAACAAGGCCAAUGGUCAGUGCAUCUGUGUGGAGGGUGUUUCUGGCUCAAAGUGUGACAUUUGUGCUCGGGGUUUCUCUGGAAUCUUCCCUGACUGCCAUCAGUGCCACCAGUGCUUUGCUGAGUGGGACAUCAUUGUAGGUCAUUUGACCAACCAGACCCACCGUCUCAUCAACAAAGCCAACUCCAUCAAAGCCAGUGGGAUCAGUGGGCCGUACAGGAAGAUGAUCAGCAGUUUGGAAAAGAGUGCCACUGACAUUCAGCAUCUUGUAGCCUUGAAUCCUGCCUCCCAGCCACUAACAGAGAUCCAGAAGCUCCUGCAACAAGCCAAUGACCUGAUGUCCGAGUUGAGCACGUCGUUAAACCUCACUGAGCAGACUCUGGUCCAGGCAGCAGCAGAGGCUGAUGCUGCAGACACAAAACUGGUUGAUCUGACAGCUGCCACUCAGAAACUGAGCCAAACCAUCCAGGACCUACUGGACCAGGUCGAGUUCAUCAAGAAUUCCAAUCUCAGGGGUACAACAGACAGCAUCACCAAGCAUUUCCUGCAAUCUCAGGCAGCUGAAGCUCAAGCCAAUGCCUCCACCAGUGAUCCCAGCAGCCCUGUUCAGUCAUCUGCUGAGCUACGGCAAGCUACUGAAGUAAAAAUGAAUGAAACCAAACAGGAGUUUCUCAGAAGACAGAGAGAGCACGCCCAACACCUGGAUGACCUGGCCGAAGAACUGGAGACUCUGGACCUUUCAGAGCUCAGUGAGAAGACUUGUGGCAGUCUGUCUCAUCCAGAGGGCUGCGCUGGGUCUCCCUGUGGUGGUCUAGGCUGUGUAGAUGAUAAAGGACAGCGGCAGUGUGGUGGAAAAGGAUGCACAGGUAUUGUUGGCGUUGCAGAGACCACACGGCUGAAAGGCAGAGACUCUAAACAUGAAAUCAUCAGUGCCAUAGAGGAAGUGGAGAAACUGUCAAAAAUGGUGUCAGAGGCCAAGCUGAAGGCUGAUGAGGCCAAACUGAGCGCUCAAGAUGUCCUGUUGAAGACCAACCAGACCAAAGAGAGAAUUAAUCAAAGCAAUGAGGAGCUGCGCCGUGUCAUUGGACAAAUCCGAGACUUCCUCACACAGGAUGCAGCAGACCUGGAGAGUAUCGAGCUUGUGGCUAAUGAGGUGCUGGCUAUGCAGAUGCCGAGCACACCUGCUCAGCUGCAGAACCUAACCGAAGAAAUCAGGCAAAAGGUGGGAGAAAUCACCCACGUAGAGGUCAUCCUGAGACAGAGUGCUGAUGACAUUCAGAGGGCUGAGAAACUGCUGGAACAGGCUCGUCAAGUCAGUCAGGAGGCAGCGGAUGUGAAGAAUUCAGCCGAGCUGGUGAAACAAGCUCUGCAGGAGGCUCAGAAAGCUCAGACCGCUGCAAGCAGUGCCAUCCAGCUGGCUGCUUCCGACAUCCAGAGCACCAAUGACCUGCUGUCGUCUGUGGAGUCUGAGACAGCAGAGGCAGAAUUCAAGCUGAACAAUGCCACCCAGAAGCUGCUGCGCCUGGAGCAGGAUCUAAUGCUGCUCAGAGACAAAACCGUGAACAUCACCCUGAGCACAGAGCAAACCAGUCAGGAAGUGCUGAAGAUCAGCCAAGCCACCGGGGAAGUCAAGGAGCUGGAUGCAGAACUGAAGGAAAAGUACGUCAGAGUUGAGGAGCUGAUUGGACAGAAGGCAGGAGGCUUGGACAACGCAAAAAAGAGGGCAGAGUUACUCCAGCAGGAAGCCAAAGCGCUGCUGCUGCAGGCCAGCGACAAGCUGCAGCUGCUCAAAGACCUAGAGAAGUCAUAUGAAGACAACCAGCGGACUCUGGAGGCGAAGGCGGAGCAGCUGGUGGAGUUGGAAUCUGCUGUAAAAGAGCUGCUGCAAGAAAUCAGCCACAAAGUCACAGUAUAUAGCACAUGUCUGUUCUAAGAUCCAACAUCAUCUUUUCAGUCCAGUUUUGACCAUCGUUUUUUUUUUUUUUUUCUUUCAAGUCUGCUUCAUAUUUAAAGGAUAAGACAGGAAUGGAUCAUUAAUUUUCUUCUCACUAAUAUUCAAAACAUUUAUGCUAUUAAGGAUUUUUAUUCCAAGGUUAAUUUUCAUGCAUGAACAAAUCUGCGUACAGAGGUACGGUGUUUGUUUUUGAUUGACAGGUAUAACUCAUAGGCUUGAUCCGAUUUGGACAAAACAUAGUGGAAAAGGUUAAAGGUCAGCCAAAGACAAAGUGUUUCAAUUUUUAGACAAAUUAGUCCAAGGUCAUGGUCAAAUUUUUGGUUCAGUGUUUGUAUAUCAGGGACAGUUUGGAAUGGCUAUUUCCAGGGAUUUGUUAAAGUUGUUGUUACUAUGGAACAUUAAUAUCAGUGAGGAGUUUUCAGUUGGUGUUGCCAAUGUUGUGAAAGUAACCUACAAAACUGACUUAUUACUUGUAAAAACACUGGAAAACCUAAAUUUGAAGGCAUCAAAAUGAAACAAAAAAAGCAUGAACAUGAAAUAUGCUUUUAAAAAAUUUCUUGUUUUUACAUGAGAAACAAACAUUGAAAUUUAAGAAAAGAUCAAACCUUUAAUUGUUGCGUUGACUGUUGUCAAUGCUUUUAAACUCCUUUUGUCUGCUGAAUAUCCAUUUAUAUUUCCUCACUAUUUUCUCCCUUGUUGCAUUUAUGCAGUUUCAUGCACAUGUGAUUUUUUUAAAUAAAUAAUAAUGCUCAAAUCA